AUGGCUACAUGCGAUUAUACCUUUCCACAGCACCAUGGGAUCGCCUCUCCUAAUGGUCGAAUUUACCUUCCAAUUAGGGUAGCAGGCCAUAUACCCGAUUAUAAGCGCCUCAACGAACAGCCUGUUAUCAAAUCAUGUGAAAUACCCCUGGGAAUACGCGAUGUAUCCCUCCAGCUCAAGAUUCCUCAUUACGACAUAGUUCCUAUCAAUCCAGCCCCUCCAUCGGCUGUCAUCUAUUCUCACGCUAAUUUCAAGUCUUCCAUCCAACCGGAGAAAGCUGGACAUACCAAGGACUUUUAUGAGAGAUGUUUUGCAGAAGCUGCUGCAAUUAACCUCCUUUUCCCCGACGUUCGAUCGGAGAGCAUCCGCAUAUGCAUGACUGCGUGGCUGGCUGCAAACUGCGCGGCAGAUGACAUACUUGAAGAAAUGACCCCAGCUGCCGCUGCACUUGCUUUGAAAGAGGCAAUCUUGAAACUGCAAGGAAAAAAGGCAAAUGUCUCUUUGACAAACAAGGUCGCGUCAAUCCUUUGCUUCUUCCAAGAAUAUUGCGUUCAGAAACUUGAACUCUGUGAAAGCACUGCGCGCGAGCUCAGCAAUGAUAUAUGCGAUAUGUGUGAGGGCCUGCUUGAAGAGCUCCUAUUUCGUCAGGGCAUUUUGCCCAACAACCUGGAAACCUAUCUGCAAUUCCGUGGUAAGACGAUGGGGAUUCAUCCAUUCUUCACCCUGAUCCGUACACUGCACCAACCAAUCGAGAGGGAAUAUCUCUCCAAGUUGCGAGAUCUCCAGAAUCGAAUUAGUCUUAUCCUAGGGCUGCAGAACGACCUUGUUGGCCUGGAGAAAGAUCGUCGGAAUGGCGAGACCAUGAAUGCAGUCUUGGUGUCAUUAAAGGAGCAAGCGGGGAUGGAUGUGGAUCACAUGAAUAAGCUAUUACCCAGGACUAUUCAGGAUGUGUGUGGUAUCCACAAUCUUUGUGUCUCAGAUGCAGUGGAGAUGCAUGAAGGACUAUACGCUUCCUUGAAUGGGGAUUCCCACGAGGCGAUUCUUGAGACUGCAAUUCUUGCCUUUGCAGACACACACCUGAAAUGGUGCGCAUCGUCUAAAAGGUAUCAGGCAAAGGUAGAAUAG